AAGUACUUCCGGUGUCAGCAUAUCCAUGCGGUAAACAAGCCCCACGCGAGCCCCGGCAGCACAGCAAACAUGACGGAGCUUUCAGCGAAGUGGAGCAGUUUACCUGCAGAACCGAGCCUGAAGAACCUGACAGACGGGGAGUUCGGUAAACUAAACGAGAACCAGGACCCCGCGAUCCAGGACCUGACCAGAGCCCACCUCGAGUCCUUCGACCAGGCGGUGACUGACGGGCUCAGCCGGGUCGUGCAGGCCAUCCCUCCUUUAGAGUUCAUGUGUAAAACCGACAAGGUGAGCCUCUCAUUUGUGGAUGCAACCAUCCAGAGCCCGGCGGUCGGGAAGGGCAGCGUCUGCACCGAGAUGAAGGUGUUCCCGGCAGAGUGUCGAGGAAGAAGAUGUACUUACCGGGGAAAGCUGGUGGCCGACAUCAGCUGGUCCAUCAACGGGGUCCCUAAAGGCAUCAUCAAGCAGUACCUGGGCCAGCUGCCUGUCAUGGUGAAGUCCAGGCUGUGCAACCUGCAUGGCAUGUCCCCCACAGAGCUGGUCAGGCAUCACGAGGAGGCCGAGGAAAUGGGCGGUUACUUCAUCGUGAACGGGAUCGAGAAGGUCAUCCGGAUGCUGAUCAUGCCCCGCAGGAACUACCCCAUCGCCGUGUCCAGGCCCAAGUGGAGAAGCCGGGGUCAGGGCUACACGCAGUACGGCGUGUCCAUCCGCUGCGUGAAGGAGGAGCACACGGCCAUCAACAUGAACCUCCACUACCUGGAGAACGGGAUGGUGAUGGUGAACUUCAUCUACCAGAAGGAGCUCUUCUUCCUCCCAUUAGGCUUCGCCCUGAAGGCCCUUGUGGACUUCACAGACUUCCAGAUCUACCAGGAGCUGAUCAAAGGCCGUGAGGACAACUCCUUCUAUAAGACCUGCGUGUCCGAGAUGCUGCGCGUCGUGGCAGAGGAAGGCUGCACGACCCGCAGCAAGGUGCUGGACUACCUUGGCGAGCACUUCAGGGUCAAACUGAACCUGCCUGAGUGGUACACGAACCAAGAGUGCGCCAACGUCCUGCUGGACGAGUGCGUCUGUAUCCACCUGAAGUCGGACUUGGAGAAGUUCUACCUGCUUUGUCUCAUGACCCGGAAGCUUUUCAGCUUCGCCAAGCAGGAGUGCAUGGAGGAGAACCCCGACAGCAUCAUGUGUCAUGAAGUGCUCACUCCUGGUCAGCUGUACCUGAUGUUCAUGAAGGAACGCCUGACGUCCUGGUUGGUGUCGGUGAAACUGUCCUUUGAAAAACGAGGAUCCAAACUGUCUGACGCCUGGAGCACAGAGAAAGUGAUCAAGAUGUUGAACAUGGGCUCAGACCUGACCAAAGCUUUUGAGUACCUGCUGGCCACCGGGAACCUCCACUCCAAGACCGGUCUCGGGAUGCUGCAGAGCACCGGUCUCUCUGUCGUCGCAGACAAGCUGAACUUCAUCCGGUACCUGUCGCACUUCCGCUGCGUGCACCGAGGAGCCGCCUUCGCCAAGAUGAGGACCACCUCGGUCCGGAAGCUGCUGCCCGAGUCCUGGGGCUUCCUGUGUCCGGUCCACACUCCGGACGGGGAGCCGUGUGGACUCAUGAACCACAUGACCGCCAGCUGUGAGAUCGUGGCAGCCGUGGCUCUCACCACAACCCUGCCGGCUCUGCUCUGUUCCCUCGGUAAGCAGACGAUGGGUUUUCCUCUGCACUCCUUCACGGAUCGCUCCGAUAACAAGCUGUACCGGCUGCUGACCCCCCAGAGCCCACUGGUCAGGCCCUGCAUGUACGACCGUUACAGCCUGGACAACUACCCCAGUGGCACCAACGCCAUCGUCGCCGUCAUAUCGUACACGGGCUACGACAUGGAGGACGCCAUGAUCGUGAACAAGUCGUCGUGGGAAAGAGGCUUCGCCCACGGAAGCAUCUACAAGACGGAGUUGGUGGACCUGGGGGACAAGGUGCGGGGCGAGGACAGCGUCGUGUUCGGGAACAAGCCGGGAGACCCCAAGGUGAACGGGAAGCUGGACUCUGACGGGCUGCCUUACAUCGGAUCGCUGCUCCAGUAUGGAGAUCCGUUCUACAGCUACAUCAACCUGAACACCGGUCAAACCUUCGUCACCUUCUACAAGAGCCACGAGGCCUGCUUUGUGGACAACAUAAAGAUCUGCAGCAACGACUCCGGCUCGGGUCGUUUCAAACGCGUCUGCAUCACGGUCCGGAUGCCACGGAACCCCACCAUCGGUGACAAGUUCGCCAGCCGCCARGGUCAGAAGGGCAUCCUGAGCCGCCUGUGGCCCGCCGAGGACAUGCCGUUCACGGAGAGCGGCAUGUCCCCGGACAUCCUGUUCAACCCCCACGGCUUCCCGUCCAGGAUGACCAUCGGCAUGCUGAUCGAGAGCAUGGCGGGGAAGUCCGGCGCCCUGCACGGCCUGAGCCACGAUGCCACGCCCUUCACCUUCUCCGAGGAGAGCUCGGCGCUGGAGUACUUCGGCGAGAUGCUGCGCGCCGGCGGCUACAACUACUACGGCACGGAGCGGCUGUACAGCGGGCUGAGCGGGCAGGAGCUGGAGGCGGACAUCUUCAUCGGCGUGGUCUACUACCAGCGCCUGCGCCACAUGGUCUCCGACAAGUUCCAGGUGAGGACCACCGGGCUGCGGGACAAGGUGACCAAUCAGCCCGUGGGGGGCAGGAACGUCCAGGGGGGCAUCCGCUUUGGGGAGAUGGAGCGCGACGCCCUGCUGGCUCACGGCUCGUCCUUCCUGCUCCACGACCGCCUCUUCAACUGCUCGGACCGCUCGGUGGCUCAGGUGUGCGUGGACUGCGGCAGCCUCCUGUCCCCGCUGCUGGAGAAACCGCCCCCCUACUGGUCCUCCACCUGCCACAGGAAGACCACCUGCACCCUGUGCGGCAAGAGCGACUCCAUCGACUCGGUGUCRGUCCCGUACGUCUUCCGCUACUUUGUGGCCGAGCUCGCAGCGAUGAACAUCAAAGUCAGGUUAGACGUUAAGUGAAGCUUUCCACGAGGACAGAAAACUCACUGAACUGUGAACAACUCCAGCCUUGAUGUCCGUACACUCACCUGUCCAGGUAUAUCACACCUGUCCAGGUAUAUCUCACCUGUCCAGGUAUAUCUCACCUGUCCAGGUAUAUCUCACCUGUCCAGGUAUACCACACCUGUCCAGGUAUAUUACACUUUUCCUGGUUUAUAACACCUGUCCAGGUUUAUCAUACCUGUCUAGGUUUGACUCACCUGGAGUCACCUGUCCAGGUUAAGAUGUCUGAGCUUUUAUAUGUUGAUGUUGUUCUAGAUGUCAAAUAAAAAUGCUUCUAUUUGUA